UGCUGCCUCCUCUUCCGCCUCUUUUAUCGCGCUCUCUCUCUUUCCCAUUUCUCCUUUCUUUUUUUAUUGGAGGAAGCGAGCUGGUGUUUGACUGUUGGACGCUGAGGUGAGCGAGCAAGCGAGCGGCGGAGCAGCAUCGCCAUCAUUCCUUUCGCUGCCCGCAAGCCCCGCACCACCUCCCCCAUCCUCCGCCAUCGGUCCCUUCCCCUUCCGUCCUUUUUCUACCCGCCGCUCCAAGGGAGGCACAGAGAUCUUCCAUGGCGAAGUUGUUUGAGGAUGCGGAGUUUUGGCUGCCCGCCGAGAUCCUUGGCGACGACGAGUUCUUUCUCGGAAAUCGCGCCGGAGAUGGGAAGCCGGCAGGUUUGCCGGCCGUUAACUUGCGUAGAGAGUUACCUUUUGGGUUCGCGGCGAGUCUGGACUCGCCGGUGGAGUCGGUCACGGACGAGGAGGAGAACUACGUGGCCGGGCUCACGAAGCAGAUGGCUCAUUACUUUUUGCAAGACGACGACAAGGAGGUCGAGGUCGAAGUCUCUGCUGGAGCGGCGGACAACUCGAGGGCUAUGUCCGGCUCGCCUCAGUCCACGCUUUGUGCGUGGGCGGCUUCCUCCAACAAGGGAAGCCCGAAUGGACCCUCGUUGGUGUCGUCGCCGCCGACGUUGUCCCCGCUAAAGGUGAGGGGGAAGGCGGAGAACCCUCGUGAUAUGCUUCACGAGGCAGCGGGGCAGGUGAUGCGUUUGCGACUCGACGAGCUCGGCCGUCAAGAGAGCUUAUAUCAUCGGGGGAUUCUCGGGGCGCAUAGGACUUCGCCGACUGCCUCUGCUCCGAAGAAAGUCGACGCCGGGUUUUUGUCCCCGAAUCCUGUUCUUAGCCAACAACAGUUACAAGCUGCCCGCUUUUACCACUUGAAGAGGCAACUAGCGAUAAAGCAGCAGCUCUCGGCGGCGGCCUGGGUAAAACAGGCCAAACUCAAACCAUCCGCCGGCUGCGGACGGUACUGCGAAACUCCCUACUGCCGUCCGUUGGAUCUUCCCGCGUCAGCGUGGCCACCGUUGCGAAAACCCCCUCCAGCUCAAACGCAUCCGCCACUCGCCUCACCGGGUACCGGCAUGCGUGCUGUGUUCCUUCACACCGCAGGAGCCCGAAAGGAGUCCGCCGGCACCGGCGUUUUCCUUCCCCGCACUGCCGUCCAUCAGCUCGAACCAAAGAAAAAGACAGGCUGUUCCACCGUUUUGGUGCCCGACAGGGUAGUACGAGCCUUGAACCUGAACUUUGAUGAGUUCGCAGCCCAACCACGCUGCUCUGGAGGAUUUGUUCUCAGCCAUGAAGCUCUCAUUGGGCGAAGCAACGUCGUGCCGUCCCAUCACAAUAAGCCCCACCACAAACUCAGCACGCAACCGCCGACUGGUCUCGCAGCAUAUCCAGCAUCAGCCGCAGCAGUACCAACUGUUCACGAGACGGGACUGCCACAGGAGUGGACAUACUGACCGCCUCGGCCCCACUAACAUCAUACUUACCGCGUCAUAGUGGUUGCCUUAGCGAUUAGGUUAACUUUCAGUAGAAACAAACGGCAAAUGCAUCUUUAGUUAGGUAUUAUUGAUCUUGUAUUUUUGACAACGCCGGUGGUGGUGUUGGCGGUGGCUGCAGUUUAAACAGGGUACAGUGUGCAAUAAAGCCGUUGUCGUGUUGUCUCGGGCGAUGGAAUUAUGGUAGCAAGCAAAAAGUGUCAAAAAUAAGAACCCCUCACCAAGCGAGGUUCAUCUUAUUAUCUUCCUUCCUGCUUUGGUAUUUGGUUCAUCAUCCUGUCCGCAUCAAUUGUGUCCUCUGCUGCAGCUUGAUCAAUGCGCGCCAGGCGCUGAGCACGAAAACAUGGGCUUCGAAUAAGGACGACUCGUCGUUUCUAGCAGUCUAUCUUAGUCAAGCAUGAAUUAUUUGUUUGUAAUCUGUUCUUGCUCCAAUGAAAUAUGUUAUCUUUUAUUUACUGUUAA